AUGUCGACCCAGCCCGAGAGACUGCCGUGGUCCCUCGCCGGAAAGACGGCCGUCGUCACCGGAGCUUCCAGGGGGAUCGGCCAAGCCAUCGCCAUCUACCUGGCGAAGAAGGGCCUCGAGAACCUGGCCGUCACCUACGUUGCCCAGGCCGCUGCCGCCGAGGCGGUCAUCGAGGAGUGCCGACGCAUAGGCGUCAAGAAGGCCGUGGCGAUCCGCGCGGACCUCCUGGACCCCGAGUUCGGCUCCACCGUCAUCAACGGCGCCCUGAAGGGUCUGGACGUGUCGGUCAUCGACAUCCUGGUCAACAAUGCCGUCCUCACCGACAUGAGCCUCUCCGAGCCCGUCACCCAGAUCACCGACGAUGGCUUCGCCAAGACGAUGCGGGGCAACGUCUACUCGGCCGUGACCGCCAUCAACACGCUUCUGCCGCAUCUUCCCAAGCACGGUGGCCGCAUCAUCAACAUCUCCAGCGUCGCCGCCAAGAUGGCCAACGACGACCCUCUCAUGCCCUACGGCGCCAGCAAGGCUGCCCUCGAGAGCUUCACCCGGUCCUAUGCCAAGGCCUUUGCAGCCAGCAAGGGAGCGACGUUCAACAACGUCAGCGUCGGUCCCACCGUCACGGACGCCAGCCUGGCAGUCAAAGACUUCAUCCCGGCGGGAUACCUCGAGAGGAUCGCCGAGCAGAUCACCGCCGCCAAGAGGUUGGGAAAACCGGAGGAAGUUGCCUACGUCGUCGGCUUCCUGGCCAGCGAGGAGUCGCAAUGGAUCAACGGCGCCAACGUCAGCGCCAACGGAGGGUUGAACGACUACCUUGCCGCCAUGUAA